AUGGGACUUAGCAUACGACAAUAUUAUAAGCAGAUAUGCCGACGCAUACAUAGACUUCCACUUGACCAUAAGACAAUAGAAUGCCUUCGACUACACUGUAAGAGUAAGUUCGUAACACAAUUAAAGAAAGGUCAAUAUCAGCAUACUUCUAUCGACAAGAGUUCAUUUGAUAAAGGAAUAAAGGUAUUAGAUGAUGUAUUGGUGAAUGAGAAUUACGAUUCUCUUAACACCAUAUUAGAUUUUAUUUAUAAAGAAGCUUUACCUCAACCGCAAUGGGUUUCUGAUUUUAUGAAGUACAAGUAUACAGCAUUUAGGCCAUGUUGGCCCCAAGUCCAUUUGUUUAACGAAUUAACUACCACACCAAAACAAUCUAAGUUAUACGAAGAAGCAUUAGAGAAAGAUAAGGAUAUGGAUUUAUCGUUGGUUAGCUACUUCGGAAUUAAACCUGCAUCAAUUGAUACUGAUUUAAAGCCGCUAAAAUUGGCUAUUGAUAAGACUUCACCAGUUAGUAAGAUUUUACUGGAAUUUAAAAAGCUUCAUUCAUUUGUAUUCAGAAACCAAGAGAAAUUAACGCAUUUAAAAGUACAACCAUUAGAGGUGAUAUAUCCUGCUAACAGGUUUGGGUUACCAAUUCAUGUAACUCAGCGUGAUAAGUUGUUGAAGCAGAAAGUGAACUAUGCAAAAAGCUUAUGUCAAGAAUUUAAGCCUAUAUACGAAAAUUCUUUGAACCAUUUGGUUGAAUUCGCCAUAUAUAAACCAGGGAGUACCAAAGGAAAUGAUGCUUACAAGAUAAAUGAAAACUUUUUUAAGUACAUGAUUCGGAAGCAUAAUUAUGAACGUGAUAAUUUAAAUCCUCUUUACAAGCACCAUCUAAGAAAUAAAAAAUUAAUUCCGAAUGAUAAUAAUAUUAGAAAAUAUAUGAGAGAAUAUGUUAGGAAGCAAUUCUAUUAUGAUUCUAAAUUAAAGACUUAUAAAAUGUGUUGGAUGCAAAAUUUUUAUGAGAAUGAGAAAAGAAUUGUACCAGGUAUCGAGAUACCAAGCUAG